GGCCAAUGGGGAGGCGAGGAUUCAAGUUCUAGUGCAAAAGGCUUUUUUCCCUUCCUGGCUGGAAAGCCGGACGGCGGGACGGAGAGAGUGGAGGCGGAGACCCAGCACCGAGAACUCCUCUUCUGGACCCGGUUCAAGUCCGCAGCGUCGAGCCCAUCCGAGGAGAAAGACUCGCAAAGGAAAGGGAAGAUCAGGAAAAAAAAAGUUUGCACGCUUUUUAUUUUUUUUUCUCAACUGCCUUGUGCCAAGAUUUGUCUUCCGGUGUUGACUCUUUUUUUUUGCACUGCGAGGGGAAAACAAAUCCAGAGCAGAAAGUUGAACGUGAGAAAUGUGAAGCUGACGGCUUGGGUGUCCACAGACUCCAGGAUCCCCCCCAGUUAAUACAUGCAGUACAGUGCCAUGGAUGAGUUCCACCCCUUCAUCGAGGCGCUGCUGCCGCACGUGCGCGCCAUCGCCUACACCUGGUUCAACCUGCAGGCCCGCAAGCGCAAGUACUUCAAGAAGCACGAGAAGCGCAUGUCCAAGGACGAGGAGCGUGCGGUGAAGGACGAGCUGCUGGGCGAGAAGGCCGAGGUGAAGCAGAAGUGGGCGUCGCGGCUGCUGGCCAAGCUGAGGAAGGACAUUCGCCAAGAGUACCGCGAGGACUUUGUCCUCAGCGUCACCGGCAAGAAGCACCCGUGCUGCGUGCUGUCCAACCCCGACCAGAAGGGCAAGAUCCGCCGCAUCGACUGCCUGCGGCAGGCGGACAAGGUGUGGCGUCUGGACCUGGUGAUGGUCAUCCUCUUCAAAGGCAUCCCCCUGGAGAGUACGGACGGAGAGCGGCUGGUCAAGUCGCCGCACUGCACCAACCCGGCGCUCUGCGUGCAGCCGCACCACAUCACCGUGUCCGUCAAGGAGCUGGACUUGUUCCUGGCGUACUACGUCCAAGACCAAGUCUGGAUGAUGUCCAAGUGGGACGUCGUCAUGGACUCGUUUGGGAUUUGUCCUGCGAUGAUUUUAUUCUGUUUGUAG